UGUAUUUCCUGUGUCGGUUGGCAGGAGGAAAAGCAGCAGGCAACAGAGAAGUGUAUUUAUUGAGUUGGAUCAAGAAGGCAUUUCAUCAUGAAGAAAGAGGACACUGAAGAGUCGGCCACGCAGGGCAGGGACACGGCACCACCACCACCUGGCACAGCGGUAAAAGAUGUUUCAGAGACCAGUAGCCAAAAAGACGUUUUAGACACCGGCAACCGUCCAGAACCAGAGCCAGACAGACCUUCACAGGCUGAUGGGGCUGAAAGUUCAGUGGCUAAGGUGGCUGCCUUUCCCAACACAGCAGAGUCUGCAGCCCUCCCUGCGGUCCCACCUGUAGAAGAGCCUGCUUCCAUCCCAGUCUCCACCAUAGCAGAACCUGUCCCCCUCCCCGUCCCAGUCUCCACCAUGGCAGACCCUGUCCCAGUCUCCAUCAUAGCAGACCCUGUCCCCCUCCCCGUCCCAACCAUAGCAGACACUGUCCCCCUCCCCGUCCCAGUCUCCACCAUAGCCGACCCAGCCCCCCUCCCAGUCCCAGUCUCCACCAUAGCAGACCCUGUCCCAGUCCCAGUCUCCACCAUAGCCGACCCUGCCCCCCUCCCAGUCCCAGUCUCCACCAUAGCAGACCCUGCCCCCCUCCCCGUCCCAGUCUCCACCAUAGCAGAACCUGUCCCAGUCCCAGUCUCCACCAUAGCCGACCUUGCCCCCCUCCCAGUCCCAGUCUCCACCAUAGCGGAGGGGGUGUCAUCUCAGUGUGACAUGGUUGAGGUGCUGAGCCGCCAGCUGGAGGACAUCCUCAACACCUACUGCCUGGAGGACAACGGGGAGGACGGGGUUAACCUGCCCAACGGCCAAUCACACGGCCCCGUGCUCAACGGCCUGGCCAAUGAGAAGGAGCUGGACGUCAAGCCGGAGGAGGUCAAAGUGAAUGCCGGCGGAGCGGAGAAGGAGAAGGUGAAGCUUCAGGAGAAGAAGAAGGUGAAGGGGCUGGGUAAAGAGAUCACCCUGCUGAUGCAGACCCUGAAUACUCUGAGUACACCAGAGGAGAAACUGUCAGGCCUCUGUAAGAAGUAUGCUGAGCUGCUGGAGGAGCAGCGGAACAGUCAAAAGCAAAUGCGUGGCCUGCAGAAGAAACAGUCUCAGCUGGUGCAGGAGACGGACAACCUGAAGAAGGAACACAGCAAGGCCAUCCUGGCGCGCAGCAAACUGGAGUCACUCUGUAGGGAGCUGCAAAGGCACAACAGAACACUCAAGGAGGACGGGGUGCAGCGUGCACGCGUGGAGGAGGAGAAGAGGAAGGAGGUGACAUCACACUUCCAGGUGACUCUGAAUGACAUCCAGGCCCAGAUGGAACAACAUAAUGAGAGGAAUACCAGUCUGAGGCAGGAGAACUCUGAGCUGGCAGAGAAGCUCAAGAAACUCAUCCAACAGUACGAACUACGAGAGGAGCACAUUGACAAGGUGUUCAAGCACAAGGACCUGCAGCAACAGUUGGUGGACGCUAAGCUACACCAGGCUCAGGAACUGCUCAUAGAGGCAGAGGACCGCCAUCACAGAGAGAAGGACUUUCUGUUGAAGGAAGCGGUGGAGUCUCAGAGGAUGUGUGAGUUGAUGAAGCAGCAGGAGGUCCAUCUCAAACAACAGCUGUCCUUAUACACAGAGAAGUUUGAGGAGUUCCAGACCACUCUGUCCAAGAGCAAUGAGGUGUUCACCACCUUCAAACAGGAGAUGGAGAAGAUGACGAAGAAGAUCAAGAAGCUGGAGAAGGAGACGAGCAUGUAUCGCUCCAGGUGGGAGAGUAGCAACAAAGCCCUGCUGGUCAUGGCUGAGGAGAAAACUCUGCAGGACCGUGAGUUUGACGGCCUCCAGGGGAAGGUAGGAAGGUUGGAGAAGCUUUGCCGGGCACUGCAGAACGAACGCAACGAGCUCAGCAAGAAGGUCCAAGGCCUGAGCGCCGGCCCCGAGGACAACAGCCCAGGGGCCGAAUCCCCUUCCCUACCCUCCACAGACUCCCAGGAGCCCAGCCCAGACCCCAACACCACCACCCCUAGCUCCCCCAGACCCUGCUCCCACGGCUGCCACUGCGGCCCAGAGUUGGACACUGAGAAUCAGGCCUGUGCAGCCCCCCUGACUGCCCAGGAAUGAGACCUCUUGCCUGGGCAACACCGCUUAGUCUCUCCCCUUCACCAACCAACUACCAGCCUGCAAGCCAAGCCACUACUAAUGUGGGAGUUAAGAGUGUGGGUCUGUAUGAUUCCCCCACAGUUGGAUAAAGUUGUCCCCUAACCACAGAUCUAGGAUCAGAUUCCCUUACGUCCAUCCUAAAACCAAUAGGGCGGUGCAAGAAAAUCUGACCCUGGAUCUGCAGUCAGGUAACAGCUUCCUCCUGGAGAGGUGAAGGUGAUGCUGAUCAAAUUAAAUGUUAUUUGUGACAUUACAGGUUUUUAGCAGAUGUUAUUGCAGGGUGUAGCGAAAUGCUUGUAGGUGGUGUCAGUCAGGGAAGAUUCUUCUUCAUCCUGCGUGUUUUAUUUUGCUCUUUUUUUCCUUUCCUUUGAGAACUCAAGUACACAACGCUCAUGAAAAUCACAGCGUUUAAUGCCAAGCAAAGCAAGCUAAAGAAAGGUUUCAUCCCAAAUGGCACCCUAUUCCCUAUAUAGUGCACUACUUUUGACCAGAGCCCUAUGGAUCCUGGUCAACGGUAGUGCACUAUACCUGUAUGUAGGGACUAGGGUGCCAUUUGGGAUGGAGAAAAGUGUUGCUGCUGGCUGCUUUAGUAAUGUAGGAUCUACAGUAAAGAUGAUGUUGGGACAGAAGAGUAUUUUGUAUGUGUGUCUUGUCUCCAUCUGUCCCUCUUUUUCCUAUAGUGUGUGUGUGUGUGUGUGUGUGUGUAUCAGUCAUAUAGAGGUUAAGAUACAGUGAGUCUGCAGAUGUAGGGCCACAGUUGUACUUGAAUUUUCGUGUCAUUCUAAUUUUGAGGCAGAUCUGAAUUUAGGAUUUGUUCCCUUAGAAGUUGAGCACACUGAAAGCAUGGCUACCGCAUCAGAGCACGCAUGGAUCACCUGACCUUUCCUUCGGUACGGAGAGCAGAGUGUAUAUAUCUAGGUUGGGGGAUAGCUUGCAAAAGGUCACUUUUCUUUCAUUCCAUUUUAGAUAUCCUUGUUUAGAACCAGAGGUCCAGAGCAUCAAAACACUUAACGGAUGAUGUAGAUAUUCUUUAUGAAUCUUGCAGAAUCGUCGGAUCCACACAAAAUGCUCUUUGACCAGGGGUUUAUUCACUAGGAACCAACCGGAAGGAAAUGGGGGCAAAACAAGGAGGGACCUCGCUGAACUUGUCCAAUAAGAUAACUCCCGAGUGGAGAUCCUGGUUCGAAUCCAGGCUCUGUCGCAGCCGGCCGCGAC